AUGUCAUUCAAACAAUUAUUACUCGAAAUCGGCCCCGAACAUCUUUUGCCGGAAAAGUUGUUGCUGCUGCUUUUACAAAUAAAGCCUAAUGAGGUUGACCAAUCCAUCGCUCUAAUUUUGCUGGAAGUAUUAGUGCCUAACCUGCAAGGUUUGGGUACCAUGUUUGGCCGUGGCGCCCAGCUGUUACCCGAAGCUAACGCACGUGGUGCACAACUUCAAGCCUGUUUCAAAGAGCAUGAUCAGAAGGCUACCGUCAAUUGGUACGCCGUUUUCACUCAUUUACAAGAGUUGUUGUUCGACCUGAUGAGGCGGCAAACGGUACCGCUGGCACCUCUGUUCACACUCUUGUUCCUGGCACUUGAUUUCAAGCCUGGCAUCAUUGACUUCUUCCUCAGUUUUGAGUGGUACUUCAGCCUGCAGUUGUUGUACGCUUUGCAUACGAUGAACCCUCAAGAGGGCGGAUUCGACGUUUGCGCACUGAAGAAUAUCACCAAAUGUUUCGAAGAAAAUGUCGGGCCGCCGUCAAUUUUGCAGUUUGUCAACAUCGGUAAGCUUGAGUUAACUGUGGCUAAUAGGUUACCCCCUCAAGAGUUCGAGCGCGAUUUCGCUACCUUCCCCGAGUAUCUUCUCGUGGCCGCUCUUACCAUUGUCGAAAAGCUGCAAUUCCUCAAUCAAAUCAUUGACCGGUUCUUUGCCACCCUUCUUGACCAAGACCUGGCCGCUCUUAAUGCUGUUGUGGCCAAGUUCAAUGAGUUGGACCAGCCUUUACUUUUGCAAAAGGCCACGCUGUAUCUUAGCCAGCGCCCUCACCUUGGAGCUGCCAUCACUAUCGUCAAAGCGAUGUCGUCGGUCACGGGCUUAUUGGACACUUGGUUGAAGCACCUCUCGUCGAAUUACGCUGCUUUAGCAAUGAAGGUUGCUGUGGAACUGUCUCACUUUGGUUACGAUUAUCAACUGGUGAUUGACGCCCGCACCAGCCGUGAUUUGCCCGAAGCCGAGCGUCAAGCUUCUUUCAGCGCUUUAGCUGAUAUUGUUGAUGAGCAUGCUCAUAUGGAUUACGACAAGGGGCCUCAACCCAUGCUCGCUAUUCCCACAGUGUUCUAUUUGCUCGAAAAGUUGAAGACUCUGAACGGUCUUAUCGACGCGGAACGCCUCAAGAAUUUGCAAUUAUUGUUGCUUACAACUUACCCGCGACUCAUCAACUUCGGCAAUGGUCAUGACCAGGCAAUUUUGGCCAACGCUCAAGCGCUGCCGCUGUUCCCUCCUUCUGUCGAACAGGAGAUGAAGUCAUACUACUCAAAGAUGUACAACAAGGAGGUUGAAAUCAAGGAAGUGGUUGACAUGUUGAUCCAGUUCAAACUGAGUGACGAUCCGCAUAAGCAGGACGUAUUUGCAUGCAUGAUUCACCUGUUGCUCGAUGAGUACCGUUUCUUCUCCGAGUACCCCCUUUCUGCAUUAGCGCUGACGUCGCUUCUUUUUGGUGCCUUGCUCGAAAAGGACUUGAUCACCGGUACAACUCUUACGGUGGCUCUCAACUUUAUUUGGGAACUGUGCAAUCAACCGGUUGACUCUCACUUGUUCAAGUUUGCUGUGCAACUGUUGUACAACUUCAAGCUGAGAUUGCAUGAGUACCCUAUUUAUUGUAAGCAUUUGCUCGAGUGUCAGCUGUUGCACAACCAUGCUAAGAUGUACCAGAUCGUGAAGGAUGCUCUGAAUGGUAUUCCCUGCGGUGCUGCCACUCAACCGCAACCUACUACACCUCAACCGACGCAGGAAGGUCCUAAGUACCAGCUGGUGGGAAGAGUGCUGGUGCCGGGCACGCCCCAGGAAACCCCUUCUGAGCAGGUCAAGGACAAGUUGUUGUUCUACGUCAAUAAUAUGACGGGGGAUAAUAUUAAGUUGAACGAGAUCAAAGAGUUGUUGAAGCCUCAAUUUUCGCUGUGGUUUGCUACGUAUCUCGUGGACGACCGGGCCCAAUUAGAACCAAACAAUCACGACAUGUACGCUCUGUUGGUUUUUUCUUUGGAAAACCCUCAGUUUUACCGUUGGGUUAUCUCUGUGACGUUGAAGAGUGUGUUGGCAUUAUUGACGGCGUCAUCACCGGGUGCUAAUGACAAAACUCACCUCAAGAAUUUGGGUGCUUGGCUUGGUAAGUUGACUUUGGCUCAUGACACUGCUCUCUUGCGUGACCAUUUGGCGGUGAAGUAUCUUCUUGUGGAAGCUUACCACCACCAACUGUUGCCUGUGGUUAUCCCCUUCGUAUGUAAGAUUUUGGAUCAAGCUCAGCACUCGAAGAUUUUCAGACCUCCCAAUCCUUGGACUGAAGGUAUUCUCAAGGUCUUGGCGGAGUUGUACGAAUGUGCCGAUUUGAAGCUUAACCUCAAGUUUGAAAUCGAAGUGUUGCUCAAUCUGUUCAAGCUCAAAAUUAGCGAUGUGGAGCCGCUGACGUUAAUCAGAUCUCACAACUCGCAGGCCUUGCCUCAAUUGUUUGGCCAGGAGCCCGUGGUUCUGCUUGCUGGAGAUAUGGGCCGUCUUUCUCUUUUCGACAACCAAAUGCCGGCCCACUUACAACAGCAAUUGGCGGCUCAACAACAGCAGGUCCGUCAACAACAGCAAUGGGUGGCUCAACAGCAGCAACUUCGCCAACAACAGCAACAGUUGCAACAACAGUACGUGCAGCAACCGAGACAGCAAGUGCCUCAAUACGAUACGCUGUUCUCCAAUCUUGCUGGCAACACCAUUUUCACUCAGCACGCCAACUUACGUCGGGCAUUCCAAGCUCUGUUGGCCCGUGCUGUUCGUGAAUGCGCGGUCCCCAUUUUGAACCGUGUACUGGAGGCCGUGCUUACUACUACUCAUGCUCUUGUGGCUAAAGAUUUUGCUACCGAAGGCGACCCCCAAAAAUUGCGUAAGGCCUACCAGACCAUGGCCCAGCAAUUGACUCACGCUAUGGUGUUGUGUCUGGGUCGCAAGUUGUUGGCUGAAACUAUUGAGGCCACCAUGAUUCAAUUGAUGGGUACCACCAACCCCCAGGACUUCCCCGCAGCUGAAUUAAAUCAAGCCAUUCAAGCUAACGUUGGUCUUUGUGUUGAGAUUGUUGCCAAGAUUGCCUUGGACAACACCGUUGAAUUGAUUGAUGAACGCAUGCACCAAAUGGUGGCUGCUCGUGAGGAACAUCAACAAAAGCACCGCGGCGAACCUUACGCUGAUGAAGGUGUGGCCGAAUAUGCUUUCCUGUUGCCGGCUCCUUUGGGGUUGCCUCGUGAAGGUAUUCUGUCUCUGCAAAUGGCCAUUUAUGAGCAAUUCGGGUUCGUUAAGGACCCGCAAGCUGCUGCUGCUGCUGCUGCUGCUACUUCUGCUUUGCCCUCUGUGCCUGGGGCGGUGCCUCCCUCCGCUGCUACUGGUGCUCCCUUGGCGGCUCCGGCGCCCGUAGUUGCUCCCGUGGUUCCUGAGCUGGCGGCGGCAGUGCCUGAAGACUCGUUCGAUCAGUUGUUUGGUGCCAUCACUCAAGGCUGCGAUAAGGCCAUUGCCUUGUUGGCUGAAACGCAAGAAACCAAACUCGUGGACUUACCCGUUACCCAUCCGAUCAUGGGUGCUCUUACUCAAGCACUCACGGUAGCGCAAAGUAACGCCCUCAAGUUCCCUGAGCUUUUGCUUAAAGCUGCCCAAUACGCUGUUAACUGUUUGUUUACCCAAUCGCACGAAAAUCCCAUGGCGACUGAGAUUUACGUGGUGAUUCUCGACAAGUUAUGUGAAUACUCGCCCCUGACUGCCAAGGAUGUUACGUGGUGGCUUGUGCAUCUGAGCGACCAACGUAAGUUUAACGUUCCUGUUAUUUACCUGUUGCUCAAGGUUCAACUUGUGGCUCCCUCUAAGCUUGAUGCUCUGAUUGGCAAGCUUAUUACUGAAACUAAACUGUCGGUGGUGGUGAAGUUUGCCGCCGACUUGUUGCUUGAAUUGUUUGGUGGUGACUGUCCCGAAGACGAACGCCCUGUGGCUUUGCGCCUGGAGUUUGCUCUUACCAUUAAGGCGUUGAAAGAAUACGAUGGCGACGAUGCCGAAGCUGUACAAAAGAGAGACGCCAUUCUUGAGCGCUUACUGACGAAGAUGAACCCUUUCCUGGGCUCAGACAUGUACACUCAAUUGGGGUAUGUGUUUGUCGAAUGGAAUAAGCUUGUGAACCACCCGCAACACACGCCGGCGUUGAAGCGGGAAUUCAUCACCCAGUUAGUGAGCCAAGGUAUCUUGACAACCCCCAAGGCUUUGGUGACCCUUGUGCGGGCGGCUCUCGAUAUCUCAAUGACUCUGUUUGCUUUUGAACACGAAAUCAGGGUGCGUACUUUGCACGAGCAAUAUCUUGCGAUUGACGCUCUCGCCGUAUUGAUGGUGGAACUUUCGCUCAUUGACAAAUCUCAUGCAGUUGACUUUUUCACCAAGAUGAUGGCGGUUGUUGUACAAGAUUUCGUUGCUUCGCAUGAAGCAGAAGCUGCUGCUGGUGGCGCGUCUACUUCAUCAACCACGACUCUGCUGACUCCUUGGAACGAAAGAGCGUUCUUCCGCUUGUUCUCUUCGAUCUUGUCGACGUGGGCGGAUGCGCUGAUUUACGAUGCCGACGCGACUUCUGCCAUUGAUGCUGAUUUCUACACUUACAUUGGUGAUGUACUUGUGGGUCUCCAGCCGAUCAUUUUCCCUGGGUUUACUUUUGCUUGGAUUUCCCUUAUUGCCCACCGCAUGCUUUUGCCGAAGCUUUUGGAACUCGAAGACGCCAAGGGUUACCCCGUUGUCGUCAAGUUUUUGACGGCGGUGAUGAAGUUCCAAACGGUGUAUGCUAAGGAUUUCAACCACGACAUCACGCUGGUGAUUUUCAAGGCGAUUAGCCGCAUCCUCAUUGGUAUUGCUCAUGACUACCCCGAGUUUUUAGUUGAAUGUCACUAUCAAUUAGUGCUGGGAUUGCCUCGUGGGUUUGUGCAGUUACGCAACAUCAUUUUGAGUGCUGCCCCGAAGCUGGUGACGAUGCCCGAUCCGUUCACGCUGGGAUUGAAGGUCGAGCGUUUGGCGGGCAUCAACGAUGCUCCGGUUGUGAACUAUAAACCGAUGGAAGACUUGAUCAAGGUCGGUCUCAAGAAGCCUGUUGAGACCUACUUGAGAAUCCCGGCACCCACGUUGAUGCGCAAUAUCUAUGCCGGAAUCAAGCUCAACCACCCUAAGGAUGUGCAUGACAUGGGCACUCACGAGGUUGUUCAUUACAACAUCAAGCUUAUUAAUGCGCUUGUAUUGCACGUGGGCAUUCUGGCGGUCACCGAGAAGUUGCCUCUGCUGAGCUCUCGCUUCAACCCCAAGUCGUCCCAAGUGGCGUUGCUUGUGGACUUGAUGAACUUUGGUCUGGAUGAAUUCAAGUUCCACAUGGUCAAUGCCAUUGCCAACCAGUUGCGCUACCCCAACUGCCAUACCCACUGGUUCAUCGGCAUCAUUCUUUACUUUUUCCUGUCGAGUCAAAGCUGGCUGUCGCCCGAGGUCAAGUUGGAGAUCCAGGAGAUAAUUACCCGGGUGUUAUUGGAGCGUCGCAUCGCCGCCAAGCCUCACCCGUGGGGGUUGACCAUUGUCUUUACUGAGCUUAUCAAAAAUGAAGACUUUGGCUUCUUCGAAUUGCCGUUUGUCAAGCUGGCGUCGCCGGAAUUGAAGUCGAUCUUUGACGCGUUAGCCGUCAACGUGAAAGGUUCUACCAACAAAGAACCCGAAACUGUAUCAUAG